GAUUAAGGGAGUAAGGAAGAAUUUGGGAUUCGAACUUUUAAGACGCGAGACGAACACUAGGGAGAAUAAACAUUGGCACUAUUGGAGUUUACAGCGUUUUAGUGUAAAGUUUUAUUUGACAUAUCCGUUACUUUUAGGGGAAAAUCUGAUCAAACGCGACGCCUUUUUUCGUUUAAAUGGCGCCAACGAUUCAAACUCAAGCGCAGCGCGAGGACGGGCAUCGGAGCUCAUCACACAGAACUGUACCUGAGAGGUCUGGUGUUGUGUGUCGGGUUAAAUACUGUAACAGCCUCCCUGAUAUCCCAUUCGACCCCAAGUUCAUUGCAUAUCCCUUUGACCAACACAGAUUUGUGCAGUAUAAAGCCACCUCACUCGAAAAACAACACAAACAUGAGUUGCUCACAGAGCCUGACCUGGGAGUGACUAUCGACCUCAUCAACCCUGAUACCUACCGCAUUGACCCUAACAUUUUGCUAGAUCCUGCGGAUGAGAAGCUUCUAGAAGAGGAGAUCCAGGCUCCCACUAGCUCCAAAAGGUCUCAGCAGCAUGCCAAGGUUGUUCCAUGGAUGAGGAAGACGGAGUACAUCUCCACAGAGUUCAACCGAUAUGGUGUGUCCAAUGACAAAGUGGAGGUCAAGAUCGGUGUGUCCGUGAAGCAGCAGUUCACAGAAGAGGAGAUUUACAAGGACAGAGACAGUCAGAUCUCCGCCAUCGAAAAGACCUUCGAGGAUGCCCAGAAAAAUAUUACACAGCACUACAGCAAACCAAGAGUUACACCUGUGGAGGUGUUGCCCGUCUUCCCUGACUUUAAGAUGUGGAUAAAUCCGUGUGCGCAGGUCAUCUUCGACUCUGACCCCGCUCCUAAAGAUGUCACCAGCUCUGCAGCUGUAGAUAUGAUGUCACAGGCUAUGAUCAGAGGAAUGAUGGACGAGGAAGGGAACCAGUUUGUGGCAUACUUCCUGCCCAACGAGGAUACGCUGCGCAAACGGAAAAGAGACGUGGAGGAGGAAUUGGACUUCAUGCCUGAGGAGCUAUACGACUAUAAGAUAGCGAGAGAGUACAACUGGAACGUGAAGAACAAAGCAAGCAAAGGAUACGAGGAGAACUACUUCUUUAUCUUCAGAGACGGAGACGGUGUUUACUACAAUGAGCUCGAGACCCGGGUGCGUUUGAGUAAGAGGCGUGCAAAGGCCGGUGCUCAGUCCACUACCAACGCUGUGCUGGUCUGCAAACACAGAGAUAUGAACGAGAAAGAGCUGGAAGCACAGGAAGCUCGCAGGGCUCAGCUGGAGAACCAUGAGCCAGAGGACGAGGAGGAAGACAUGGACAAGGACAUCCUGGACUCUGGCGACGAGAAAGAGAAAGGCAGCGAGAGCGAGAACUCAGACAGCGGCUCCGACCAGGAUGAAGAGGACGAACGGCGUGGCGACAACGAGGAAGAGGAGGAGGAAGAAGAGGAAGAAGUGGGAAGGAAGGCAAGUGGAAGUGAGAGCGGAGAGGACCGGCAGGCUCGUGACGAGGAGGAGAUCUUCGGUAGUGACGAUGACAGCGAAGAAGAGGACGAGGGCAGAGAGCGGAGGAGGCGAAGCAGCGGAAGUGAGGAAGAGGACGCAGAGGAAGAGGGAGAAAGGGCUAGCGGUAGCGCCUCACCCGCCCACAGCAGCAGCGGCCAAUCAGAGGGAGGGGGAGGGCAAAGCAACAGCGACAGGGGGUCAGACUCCAGCGACGGAAGUGACAGUGAAUGAGAGAUUGUUCCUUCUUUUAUUUAUGUUGAGAUCUUUUUUGCUCUAACACUUUGUUCCUGCUACACCGUUCUGUUAGAAUCAAUUUUAAUCAAUUCUAACAAAACCUCAACAGUAGAGUUGUUCUCUGUGGCUGACAGAGUAUCACCCACAGUCCAUUGUGUGUGUGUGUGUGUGUGUAUGUCUAGUUGGGAUGUUUACAAAGGAUUGUGUAAUAUACAUACACUGUGACCUGUACCAAAUGACACGUUCUUUUACGUUGUCUCAUUAGAUUAAUCUCUUCAAGGGUAGAUGAGGUGUGCUUGAGCAGGGAAAACGCUGACCGUAAACGCGCUAGAUUUCAGCAUUUACACUCAAUGUGACCUCCUCUGUCUUAAGACUUGAUGCUCUUAUGCCACAGCUGCAGCAGAUGCUGAUGCUAAAAACAGAUCCUAACCUUUAUAUGUCCUAAUGAAUAUUCAUCGUCACAUCAGCCAGAUCUGCGCAUUGCUUCUCUUCGUCCACAACCCUGUUUUUCUAUUUCUUUAUUAUGAUCCAAAGGUCAUACUGAAAUUUCUGUACUUUUUGUUUUAAUAGCUUUAGAAAGUUUCCUCACGUCAUCACUUUGCUGUAUAAACUGCUGUAAAUAAAGAACAACCUGUUCAUUUUGUUUAAAAAAAA